AUUGAUCGGGAUGUUUCCAUCAUGGCGGCAUCCAUUUCAGGUUAUACUUUUAGUUCUGUGUGUUAUCACAGCGCCAACAGCAACUCAGAUCAUGAGGGCUUCCUAUUAGGAGAUGUACGGCAAGAAGAGACUGUCACCAUCAGUGAUGCACAGAUCAGCACUGCAGAAUUGCUCCAGGUAGUAGAAAUUCAUACCCAUGAUCCUUGUGCACAGUUAUUUAGCUUUUAUGACUAUGCUGGCCAACUCAAUGAAGAAAAUCUCAACAGCAUUCUUAAAGAUAGGCGGAAAAACGUUAUUGGUUGGUACCGGUUCCGGAGGAACACACAGCAGCAGAUGUCGUUCAGGGAACAGAUCAUCCACAAACAGCUGUCUGAGCUGCUUGGUGUGCCCGACCUCGUCUUCCUUCUUUUCAGCUUCAUCUCCACCGCCAACAACUCCACGCACGCACUGGAGUAUGUGCUCUUCAGACCUAACCACAGGUUCAACCAGAGGAUCACCCUCUCAAUCCCAAACCUUGGCAACACAAGCCAGCAGGAAUACAAAGUCUCCUCAGUGCCCAACACCUCAAUCAGCUACACCCAGGUCAUCAAAGAGCAUGGGGCCGAAUUCUUUGACAAAGAUGGUGUCAUGAAGGAUAUCCGAACAAUAUACCAAGUCUACAGUGCACUGCAAGAUAAAUUGCAGGCUGUGUGUGGGGAGGUAGAACAAAGUGAGCGUGUGAAAGAGAAAAUUCAAGAGGAUGUGGACAAACUCAAACAAGAAAUUGCUCUCAGGAAACGCAAGAUGGCAGAAGACGAGAGAAGGCUCCUUGAGGCCCAAAAUGCAGACUCCCAUCCCACUCCGGAUGAGAACACAGACCCUUCUGAGGCUUCCCCUGUUUCCAGAAUACCUUUCCACACACCCUCUGCUCCGGAGCGGCCCAGUACCUCACCUAACCCACCAUCUUAUUCUGACCUCUUGUCCCAGGGUGACCCUCUGCUCUCCUCCUCUUCCCCACCCACCAGUGCUGCUCUACUGCCUCGGCCCCAAGCUGUGGGCUCUCCGGGACACCCUACGCCUGGCCCACUGGGGAUGGGCCUGGGCCUCGCCGCCAGCUCUAAUCCCGUUGCCACGCCCAACACCCCAUACCUCGGCAAUGGCGACGGAUCGAGCUCUGACUCGUUAGACAGACAAGCCGCAGGGCAGGAAGAUGAUGAGGAUGAAGACGAAGACGAAGAUGAGGACAGUAGCGAAUAUGAGAACUUGGUGAGUGAAGCCAGUCAUCCGCCGAUGGUCUCUGCCAGCGUUUUAGCGCAGGGCCGGCCAGCUGCCCUCGGCCCGGAUGGGGACGCUCGCGGCUCACAGGCCACAUAGAAACAUGCCGCAGGGUGUGUAUGGGACACAAAUAAGUGACGCACCUUGAGGGGUGGGCAUCUUAAGCAAUCAAAGAUAUAGACAAAAGUGCCAGUCCUGAAAGUGAAAGGCAUGCACAGGUGGUGUCUCGCGUUUAUUGUCUUAGUCUGAUCUCCAUUUUAAGGGGAGACUUUGCUCUGCUUUGCAGGCUUAACGGGUGUGUCUCAUUGGAGAGAAAAGUCGUCUGUUUUAAUUUUUUUUGGAAUGGGGUCAGUGUGGGUACUUCAGUGUGGAUGUUUCGGCUCCCUAAAAGACAGGCCCUGCUCCACGCUUUCUUCUGUACCUUUUUGUUUCACUUUUGCGUCACCAACUCUGAGCACCUACACUUGCAUUACCUCUUGCACUAUUUUUUUUUGCCUUCUUUUGUCAUCUUAAGAAAAGCAAAGGGAGAAUGUUCUGCAGCCUUCAAACUUUUUUUUAAAAUAAGUAAAUGGUCGUUAGCUUUUCUUAUUAUUUUUUUCUUGAAGAGAUCUAUAUAUGUAACUAGAAUUUCUUUAACGUGCACAUUUCUCUCAUUGGGAUUUAUUAGAUUUAUUAAAUUUUCUUUUCCGUGCUCCACAGUCUUUAAUUAAUCAUACAAUUUCCUAUUUAAAUGAUGAAGAAUAGAUUUCAAGCAAAAUUUACUCUGCCACUUCUAUAAUGGGUGCUUUUUUUUA